UAAACGUUGCCAAGAGCUCGAGCGGACAACAUGAACCUUUUGGCGAAAAUCAUACUGUUCCUUUUCACUCUCGAGGCUGUGAGUGCUUUAGAGGCCAAUCUCACUUCGUGGCGACAUCACAGAAGGCAAAAGCGGUUCCUGAUUUAUCAGAAUGGCGGUGUAAUCAAGUUCGUUUCGGGAUGUGCAUUUCCGGCUCCGUUUAUGGAGAAAAAGGCAUGGCGCCAGUUGGUUUGGCUGAUGAACUUUCACUAUCAGUUCAAUGAGCCGCAAACUCCAAUCUACUGGUGGAAACUUUGGGAUGGCUCCCGAAAUCUCAAGGGACCAUUGACCCAACCUGCUCCUCCAUCCGUUCCAGCUCGUCUUUUGGUGGACGAGCCUCAACUUCUGCUAUUCAAGUUCGCCGAGGCCUAUAUGAACCAGUUGGGUCAAAAUGGUAGUGCCUGUCUGGAUCGUCUGAUCUGCGAGAAUGGUCAGGUGGAUGAGCAUAGUGGACUCUACGCCCAACUGCUCCACAGGUUGUUAAGACCUCAUCAAACGCUGGACGUGAGAUAUUUGGAUGCCUACAGGAUGGGUCGCCAUGGCGUUGACUGCCGAAAUGCCUUUCCAGAGGCCCAUCAUUGCAUUUUGGAUGACUACCUACACCUCCAUGAGCGAGGACCGAAACAGAGUUUUCUUUAGCCGAAAAAUUCGAUUUCUCUUUGGACACGUGGCGCUGGCUGUCAGUAGUUCGAUAACAUUUACAUGACAUGUACA